CUUCUUUCUCCACGACCCUCUCAAACACAAUCCUCCCAAUACCACCCCUCCCCUCCUCUACAGAUACACUACACCAUCAUGCCCGACCAAAAAAAGAAAAGCAAGACCCGCGGCGGCGGCGAGUCCGCCCCGGUGAUUACCGACCCCCGCUUCGCCAACAUCCAAACGGACCCGCGGUACCGCCUCCCCAGCAAACGGCAAACGCACGUGAAGCUCGAUAAGCGAUUCGCGCACAUGCUGCACGACAAGGACUUCUCGCGGAACGCCGCAGUCGAUCGGUACGGUCGGAAACUCGCGCGGGAUGAUACCAAGAAGCAGCUGGAGCGGUUCUACCAGCUGGAAGACGAGAACGAGAACGGCGAUGAUGAUGAUGAUGUCGAUGCCGAUGCCGAUGCUGCUGGCGUUGAUGCCGACGAGGGACUGGAGGAUGCUAGUGUUGCCGAUGAUGAUGAGGUCCUCCGCGAACUGCGCAAGGCGGAGUCGUAUGAUCCUGCCCGUGACGGGGGGUUUUCGGAGUCGUCGUCUGAGGAGGAGAGUUCGGAUGAGGAUGAUGAGGAGGAGGAGGAUGAGGAUGACGAAGAGGAGUUUGAAGGGUUCGGCGAGGAGCUGGAGUAUCCCGAUAAGCAGCGGGCGGAGGUGCCGACGGGGGAGGUGACGGACCGGAUUGCGGUGGUGAAUCUCGACUGGGAUAAUAUCCGGGCGGAGGAUUUGAUGGCGGUGUUUUCGAGCUUUGCGCCGACUGGGGGGAGAGUGUUGCGGGUGUCGGUGUUCCCCAGUGAGUUUGGCCGGGAGAGGAUGGAGAAGGAGGAGGUGGAGGGGCCGCCGAGGGAGAUUUUUGCGGCCGCGAAGAAGGAAGACUCUGAUGACGAGGAGGUGGAUUCGGACGAGGAGGAGGAGAAGAUCCGCAAGUCGAUUCUCAAGGAGGAUAAGGGCGAGGAGUUCAACUCAACGAAGCUACGCAAGUAUCAGCUCGAGCGUCUGCGGUACUUCUAUGCCAUCCUGACCUUCUCGUCGCGGGAGGUCGCCAAGCAUGUCUACGAUCUGGUCGAUGGCGCCGAGUAUCUGUCCAGUGCCAACUUCUUCGACCUGCGCUUUGUGCCCGAGGACACCGACUUCUCGGACGAUGUGCCCCGCGACGAGUGCAAGCGCAUCCCCGACGGGUACCAGCCGAAUGAGUUUGUCACGGACGCCCUGCAGCACAGCAAGGUCAAGUUGACCUGGGAUAUGGACGACAAGUCGCGCAAGGACGCCCAGGCGCGGGCGUUCCGCGGCAGCCGCAAGGAUAUCGACGAGAACGACCUGAAGGCGUAUCUGGCGAGUGACAGCUCCGAGGACGAGGAUGAGGGCGGCGUGGAGAUCGUGGAUACUACGAAAGGGGAUGGCGCGGGCACCAAGGUCUCCAAGAAGGAGGACGAGAGACAGCGUCUGCGCGCGCUGCUGGGGCUGAGCGCCGAGCCUACGCCGUCGUCCAAGCCCGAAGGACCCGUCGGCGACAUGGAGGUUACGUUUACGUCUGGUCUGGCGGGCGGGCCCAACCGCGACAGCAUCUUCGAGAACGAGCCGGAGAAGGACGAGACUACGAUCGAGAAGUACGUGCGCAAGGAGCGCGAGCGCAAGAAGCGCAGAAAGGAGAAGCUCAAGGCCGGCAAGGGUGGCGAGACUGUCGCCGAGGCCGAGGCCGAGGCUGUGCCUGCGGCGGAGGGGAAGCCAGAGGAGGACCUGGGCUUCAACGACCCGUUCUUCGACGACAUGGACGGCAAGGCGGCAGCGACGGCGCGGCGCAAGGAGGAGAAGCGCAAGAAGCGCGAGGAGCGAGCGGCGGAGGAGGCGGCGGAGGCGGCCAAGCGGGCAGAGCUGGAGCUGCUGAUGAUGGACGACGACCGCGCGGGCGUCAAGCACUUCGACAUGAACGAGAUCGAGCGGGCGGAGAAGCAGGCGCGCAAGAAGGGCAAGGGCAAGGGCAAGGGCAAGGGCAAGCAGCUGGCGGCCCCCGUGGACAACUUCGAGAUGGAGGUGGCCGACCCGCGUUUCGCCUCACUGUACGAGAGCCACGAGUUCGCGAUCGAUCCGACCAACCCGCGGUUCAAGGCGACGUCGGGCAUGAAGAAGCUGCUGGAGGAGGGCCGGAAGCGACGGAGGGACCGCGACGAGCCGGCGGAGGAGGCACCGCGGGGCGAGCAGCAGACGAAGAAGAAGCAGAAGAAGGGCAAGGAUUCGGGGUCGGAGGAUCUGAAACGGCUGGUGGAUAAGGUGAAGCGCAAGACGCAGCAGCAGUAGAGAGGAAAAAAGUGCAUAUACCAAGGUACCAGGGUUACUGGAUCGAGCGUGUCAUAUUC